AUGCAGACGUGUGUCGUGGAGAAGAAGAAGAAGAAGAAGAAGAAGAAGCAGAAGAAGAAGAAGCAGAAGAAGAAGAAGAAGAAGAAGAAGAAGAAGAAGAAACAGAAGCAGAAGAAGAAGAAGAAGCAGAAGAAGCAGAAGAAGAAGAAGCAAAAGAAGAAGAAGAAGAAGCAGAAGAAGAAGAAGCAAAAGAAGAAGAAGAAGAAGAAGCAGAAGAAGAAGAAGAAGAAGAAGAAGAAGAAGAAGCAGAAGAAGAAGAAGCAGAAGCAGAAGAAGAAGCAGAAAAAGAAGAAGAAGAAGCAGAAGAAGAAGAAGAAGAAGAAGCAGGUUCAAAAGAAGAAGCAGAAGAAGAAGAAGCAGAAGAAGAAGCAGAAGAAGAAGAAGCAGAAGAAGAAGAAGCAGAAAAAGAAGAAGCAGAAGAAGAAGAAGCAGAAGAAGAAACAGAAGAAGAAGAAGAAAGCAGAAGCAGAAGAAGCAGAAGAAGAAGCAUAA